AUGAAGAAUAUGGAGAGGAAGAAGAAACGAAUGGAGAAGACGCUUAGAUUUGCUGUUCUUACUCUUCUCUCUGGGAAACAUAGAAUCUCAGAAGGGAGGAAAGAGAGCAAGGUUUUGGAAGAUGAGAUAAGCUAUUUGAUUGAGAAACUGAAUGAGUUAAAGUCUCCAAAGGUUAAAGACACUGAUGCUAGAAACAACAGACAUAAUUUUUGA